CCCCACACCACAGAUCAAACUCCCAAGCAGUAGCAAGAAAAGCACAAAGCAGAAGGUAGAAAGAAAUCAUCAGAACCCCAAAUUAGGGUUAGGGUUUUCCAAAUCGACGCCAUGGAAUUCCCCUCCCAAAGCUAGGGUUUCUCGAGAAGUAGGGUUUAGGGUUUGGGAAUCGCGAAGAGCAGAUGGCCCAGGGAAGGCGAUCUACCGGGACCGUCAAAUGGUUCAGCGGGCAGAAGGGGUUUGGAUUCAUAACCCCUGAUGAUGGCGGUGAGGAUCUGUUCGUUCAUCAGACGUCGAUCCGAUCCGACGGCUUCCGGAGCCUCUCGGAGGGCGAGACGGUCGAAUUCGAGAUCGACCGUGGCGAUGAUGGACGGACGAAGGCAGUCGAUGUUACCGGUCCCAACGGGUCGUAUGUGUCUGGCGGCGGCGGGGGUGGCGGUGGCGGGAGGGGGUUUUCUGGCGGGAGAGGGAGAGGUGGUGGUUAUGGCGGUUAUGGGAGAGGAGGGAGGGGUGGUGGUGGGAGAGCAAGGACGGGUGGAGGGUAUGGGGGUGGUGGGGGUGGAGGAUAUGGAGUUAGUGGGGGUGGAGGAUAUGGAGGUGGUGGGGGUGGCGCUUGUUAUAACUGUGGGCAAAGUGGUCAUAUGGCGAGGGACUGUCAUCAGGGCGGUGGCGGCGGGAGAUCAAGUGGUGGCGGCGGCGGCGGCGGGGGUGGUAGAGGUUGUUAUAAUUGUGGAGAGCAAGGGCAUUUUGCGAGGGAAUGCCCGUAUGAGCCGAACUGAGAGCAAAUGUGGGUUAAUUAGUGUGGUUGCGCUUGUAAUUAUCGUUUGUUUGCUGGGUAUUUCGGGUUGAUGGGGUAUCUCGACAGAAGAAAAGAAGCAGAAGAAGAUUUUUGGGGGUGAUGAAUUUCACCGGCGCUGUUGAUUUUGGAUCUGUCUUGCAGCAAUGGAUGGUUGGAUCAUGUCCUGUUUUCGGUAAUUUGCUUGCUGGGUUGUGGUAAUUCUUUACAAAAAAAAUAUAUAUAGUUUUUCUUUUUCUUUUAUUGAUCAGUCGAUUGCUGCUUAUGUUUUCAAUAUCAAUCAAUGAAAUCCCUAUUCGCUGCUUUCUUUA